AGACGGCCAAGGAUUGACAGAAGCAUGAUAGGGGAGCCGAUGAAUUUCCAGGUGUGCUGUGGUUUAGUUUUGACGCCAAUUAGAUCCGCCAAAGUCUAAUAAACAACUCGUGAAUAUUUGCAAGACAUGUAUUUAAUAUAAUGUCGAAUUUCGUGUUUGUUUACGCAAACUUUAAACGACAAAAAUCUCUUCUUUUACAGCACACGGGCCACAUCGGUUCAGGGGAAGUACAAGUAUCAGUCGAUGUAAGUAUACGCGUCGAUUUUAAACGAUUUAAAUUGUACUUUAUAAAUGGUUAUCUAUAUCUGUAUCUUGUUGUUUACAACACCGAAAUUAUAGCGAGUGCUAUCUUAUGUUUGUUUUUAUAUGUCGAAAUUCUACCCUCAGGGGUUCUUGUUAAAAUUAAGUGUUAAGUCUUCGCUUGGAACUUAUAGUUUUUAGCGUUUAUUAGGGCUACACUUUUUGAAUGAAAAUAUGAAGAAAUAAUUGCGCAUUUCGAGAUAGCGUUGUUUUAGCGGUCAAGCAUAAAAAACAUAGGCCAUCUCAACGCCGUCUGGGGCCAAUAUUAGUCUAAGAAAUUAGCACAAAAUGCAUGAAUAAUGCCGGAUUUGAUAGUGUAUAAUGAUUAUGCCUUGCAAUUUUGAAUAUAAUCUGAAUUCCUUGGGGCAAUCUAUUUGUAAAUAUUAUGUUUGAAGCACAGUGUCACAUGCUAUCGAAUAGCAAAUAUUCAUUUUGUUGUUUUGGAUAAAGGAAUACAUUUGGAUGACAUAUAUGUCUCUAAAACCCUUAGAGAAAACCCCGUUGUACAAUUGUUUCCUAGCCAUGUUUCCUGGAGAUGAGCCAACCAGCAAAUAUUGCUUCAGUAUCUUCCAUUUCAAACGUGAAACUGUUCAGAAGUUCGGCAGCCAGUAAGGUUUCUGAGUUCUCACAGGGUUUAAUAACACAUUCAUAGAAUAUUUCUCAUGUGAAUUAUUGGGAUUAUUCUCUGCACUUGAACUUUGUGCUGAUUUGCAUUAAAUCCCUGUCAUCGAGAUGCAGUUGAUGACAUUUAGCUCUGCUAAAGAGGUAUUAUCCUGCCAGCACCCCACAAAAAGGCACUUUUAUUCUGAGAGAUUCGUCGAUGUUCGCUCAUCCCAAAGAAAUCGUAUUUUGAGCUCCAGUGCUCUAAAAUCGUCUGGCAUUAGAAAGAGUAAAAUAAUAAAUUAGGGUGCAAUGCAACUUAAUGGGUAAGCUAUCUAUUGAAUGAUAGAGCUACUACAUGUAUACAAAGCCCUGGUCAAACGGCAAUGAGAGUUGAGAAACAAGAGUUUGCAUGAGAGUUUUCUCUACUGUCAUGCCCCGGUCAAACAAGAGCAAGAGUUGCCUGAGAGUUCACUGGAUAUUACCGUGCAUGUGCAAAAACUCUCAACUCUCAUGAAAAUAUCAACCAGUUGAAAGUCGAUGAGAGUUGACGAGCUAGGCUGAAGCAAGCGUUCCAACUCUCAUCCUCGUUUGACCAGGGCUAGAGUCUAAAGGCCCAUUGCCACUCAAGAAAAAUUUCCACGGACAGAAUAUUUCCCGAAAGUAUCAUUGUUAAAAGUCGAAAAUUUUCAAAAAAAUUUUCCAACAGAAAAUUUGUGAAAAUUUUUCUUCUCACACAAAGCUGGGAGCUGUUGCAGCCAACCGCCGCAAGCUUGACAUUUAUUAGCCAACACAGCCGAAAAUAUUACAUAUGAUUACAAGAAACAACUAACAAAAUUAUCGACCUAGAAACACUAGUUCCUGAACCAGGUUUAAAGACAACUAUGUAUUAACUGUUAAAGCACCCCAAAAACAUGCUAGGGUGGGCGGGUGGGAACAGGUCAAGCAAUGGCGGAAGCAACAACAAAAUGUGCUUCCCCAACCCGCACUGCCCGAUUAUAUUAAUCGGGCCGGCCCCCAGCAAUGUGUGAGAAAACAUUUUCUGCUUCUUUCGUUCCUCAGCCAGCAGAAAAUUAUACAUUCUGCAGAAAAUUUUCAUGAUUUGACACGAUUGCCUAAUUUGAAUUCAUGGUUUAUUUCUAGUUGAAUGAUGUGACAUACAGAAUGAAAAGCAAAGGAGGGUAUCAGGAUCAUAGUGUAGAUAGUAGAUUAACGCCGAAUGGAACAGAAAUUAAAGAAGGCAAACUACCGCAAGAGCAGUAG